CGCCCGCGGGCGGCGAGGCCCACAGACCCAGUCAGUCGGCGCCUGGCCAGCCAUGCCGCUGCAGACGCGCUGGCCCGAGGGCGCCGAAGAGGAGGAGGAGGGGCCGGCGCCGCUGGAGCACAAGGGGCUGUGCGUGGCCGCCGGCGCGCGCCCGCGCAGCCUCUACCUGCCGGGGGACGGCUCGCUCGAGGAUAUAUUAGCCUCCGGGCACUGCGCACGCCAGUCGGUCGCCGCGUCGCCACUCGACGAAUACACAGGCGUCCGGGCCGUGAUGGAGGAGCUGUACAGCUACCCCAGGAACCACCACCCCUACCACCGCGCAGAGGCCACGACCGGCGGCGCGAGCAGCGGCAGCGACUCGCCACCCGGCGUCGAGGACUCCGAUCACCGGAAACUCGGCACCGUGGCCGGCUUCUCCACCUGCUUCGCCGUCGGCAGUCUGUCAGACCCGACAGUGCGCGAAUUCUACCCCGCCGCUGCUCGUCCCGGAAGAAUCGCAGAUGUGUCUGAAUACACUCGACCAGCUACUGCCGACUACCGAGAGGCUUACGGCUACAACCUGUACGAGUCGCUGCAGUUUAUAGACAAGGACCAGUCGUGGAAAGAAGCUCACGCGUAUCCGGCCAUAGCCGACGGUCGACGUGGGCCUCACUGCUACCUGGACGCGGCCGUGCAGACUUCCGACGAAGAGGGUUCCGUGCCGUCGGAUGACUCGCGCAACCGAUCGGAUCGGUCUUCUUCGAACGGGUCGAACCAGUCACUGGACUUCCCAGAAAACGAUCACUCCGGCGACACUGCUCCCCAUGCGCUGCGUCCGUGGUUUCCCGACAACCCGAUGAUGAGCAUAAUACACGAGGAAGAAGGCGAGUCCAACGAAAAGCUCAGUUCAGAUUCGAGUCACAGGUCGCAUAGUUCUGUCGAAGUACCGGUGGGCGAAAAGCGGGAGACGGUGAAGCAAGAGUCCGCUGCGCUGUACGAAGAAGUGAAAAGUCCUCGAGUUUACGAGAACAACGUGCAAUCUGAAACUCCAAACGACGAGAAGAGGUACCCGCUACCGCUGGAUAAGCUCUCAUCAACAGGAGAUGCGGAAGCUGCCUCCAACGGCCGAUACUUCUGCCUGGUGUCCACGCCACCUCCACAGGAGCCAGCCUGUGGUCCAGAAGACAGCUGUGCAGAUGAAGUUUGCACAUGUACAGAUGAGUCUUUGGAUUCAGGUGUUCAAGAAGAUCUAACUCCUGUGAGGAAAAGCCCACAUAUGGUGCUCUCAUCUGGCUCCUUCACACAGGAAGAUGGACCUGAGGCUUUUAACCAUGUUGAAGAGAUGCUUAUAUCAGAAGGAUGCUGCAUGAGAUUAGAUUCUUGCCAUGUACAAGUUAUUAUUGCUGUUGAUUUGGGCACUGCAUACAGUGGAUAUGCAUUUAGCUUCAGGUCAGAUCCCACCAAAAGAAUCCACAUCAUGCGACGUCCACAAGGUGGUGAUGCAGGAAUUAGUAACCACAAGAUACCAACAACACUUCUCCUUACUCCUAAGGAAGAAUUUCAUUCAUUUGGUUUCAUGGCAAGAGACUUCUUUCAUGACCUAGAUCCACAGGAAGCAAAAAGAUGGUUAUAUUUUGAUAAAUUCAAGAUGGUCCUUCACAACAAUCAGAAAAUAGAUCGCUCCACUAUGGUGAAAGCUGCUAAUGGAAGGUAUGUAUCUGCUCUGACUGUCUUAUCACAUGCCUUGCGUUAUCUUGGAGGUGAGGCCCUGAGGGAGGUUGAACGACAGCAGCCAGGCAUUGAAAUGUCGCAACAGUCAGUUCGCUGGGUUCUCACAGUUCCUGCACUUUGGCAACCACCCGCAAGGCAGCUCCUCAGGGAAGCUGCUGGUCUGGCAAAUAUCUAUGACAAAGAACAUCCAGAGAGUCUUAUCAUUGCACUAGAACCAGAAGCAGCAUCUAUAUAUUGCAGGACGCAGAAACUGCAUCAUGUUGAAAUUUCCUCGGAUCUGCCUCUUUUUGAAGAACUUGAGGAUUCAGGCACCCGUUACAUGGUGGUGGAUUGUGGAGGGGGUACUGUGGACAUCACCGUACAUGAACUGUCUUCAAGCCGAGGGACUUUGCGUGAGCUGCACAGAGCUACUGGUGGUCCCUGGGGAUCCAUAGGAAUUGAUCGUGCAUUUGAAGCUUUGUUGGAUGACGUAUUUGGUGAGGAGUUUAUGGAACAGUUCAAACUGAAAAGGCCAGCAGCUUUUGUAGAACUGAUGGUCAGUUUUGAAGCACGGAAGCGUGUGGCAAGCCCUUACAGAGAAACUCCAUUUAACAUAUUCCCACCUUUCUCCUUUAUUGAUUAUUACAGGAAGUACAAAGGAAAAGAGAUUGAUCAUGCAAUCAAGAAGUGUGGCAGGAAAGACAUAAGCUGGUCAUCACAAGGAAUGCUAAGAAUAAAUGCUAGCCUCAUGAGAGAGCUGUUUCAGCCAACUGUCUCUAAUAUUCUCAAGUACAUUCAAGAUGUAUUUGACAAGUCAACUGUGAAUGAAAUAAAAUAUUUAUUUCUUGUUGGAGGAUUUGCUGAAUCACCAAUUUUGCAGAAUGAAGUGCAACAGUCUUUUGGACGCAAAGUUCAUAUCAUCAUACCUCAGGAAAUGGGACUUUCGAUUUUGAAAGGAGCUGUUUUGUUUGGGAUGAAUCCAGAAGUAAUUACAGUCAGAUACUCAAAGCAGACAUAUGCAAUAGGUGUGCUGAAGCCAUUUAUACCAGGAGUACAUCGGAAAGAAAAACUCAUUGAGAAGGAUGGUGUCCGUUGGUGUGCUGAUGUACUGGACAAGUUUGUUGAAGCAGAGCAGCCCCUCAAUGUUGGAGAAGCAGUUGUUCGACGCUAUACUCCUGCUAAAUCUGACCAGUCUUCAGCAGUAAUUAAUAUUUAUUGUGUAGAUUCAGAAGAUGCAAAGUAUGUGACAGAGCCAGGUGUGAGACGAUGUGGAACACUGAAACUUGAUCUUUCACACACGGAGAGACCUGCAAGAGAAAUUCAGAUUUGCAUGGUGUUUGGAGGAACUGAAGUAACUGCUAGUGCAACAGAUAUUGCUUCUGGGAAUCGUGUUGACAUUCAGGUUGACUUUCUGUCAAGCAGCUGAUAGCUUUUCUCACUCUGUUAUACAAGACUGUUUUUGAGUCAGUGUUUUUGCCUGUAAUUAUUAUGAUUGCACUGUGUGAAGGUAGUCACAUAAUGUGGAUGUACUUCCAUGUAAUCCUGCCAUGAAAGUUUGCUAUUGAUCUCAUGUGACAAUACCUUUAACAGCAAAAAUGUACUAACUCCUAUUACAAUGUAAAUAAUUUAAUUUUCAUGCCUGAAUCUUCAGUGUAGUUCUAUUCAGGCAUAUAUUCAUAGUACAAAGUAACAGAAGUGUAUAUAAAAGAAUUUGUUUUGUAUAUAUAUAAAAAAAUAAACAUAGCUGCACAUAUUUAUAAAACUUUUAUUAUUGCAUUCAAAUAAUUUGAAAUCAUUUAUUGUUUCAAGAGUUUAUUCAAUAAAACUGUGAGUUCUCUAUUAUGCUGAAAUAUAUUAAAAAGUUUCAAUGAAUUACAAAUGCUAUAAAAGGAGAGAGUGAAAGGAAGAUGAGAAAAAUGAAAAAUUAUGGAGAGGCAGAAAGAGGUUUUCUCUAGUAGUAGACAGAUAAUAAUUUGUAUUACUAGCUAAUUGCCUCUUACCAUUUAACACAUAUAUAAUGUGACAAAAGUGUAAGAUUUGUUUUUGAGUUUAAUUACUUGUGUUCCAUGCUUUAAGAAGCCAUACAUUAGUGUUUAUAUUGGUGCUUUCAAGUGGCUUCUACUCAAUGCUAUAUUUCUAGCCCUUCCAUACCAUUUUCCUAACACAUUUCAUUUUUGAAUUAAGGAGCUUUGAGUAUGGAUGCCAAACAUUCUCUACCCAUUCCACUUUUUAUCAUUCAUUCUGCAGUACAGUUUUCAAUAUUAGCAUGAUAAUGUUUUCACCAACAGUUCAAUUAUUUCAUUUGGGUACUUAAUUCAAAAUUUGUACUUCCUAUGACUAUUAUUGUCAAAACGUAACUGAGUGUAGUAAAAUAAUGUUAUCCAAGUGAUAAUGAUUACUAAGGUUUAUGGUUAAUUUAGAGGACAUAUGGUAUAACAGUCUAUAAAUUAAAGACAUUGGGUAU